CGCAGAAGCCCCGCCUUUGCCAGUUACAGCAGGAUAUACACAGAGAUUAAAACUACAAGUGCGGGCGAAUGGCGGCGCGGAUCAGACCAAGCUUUUGUAGAAUAAAUUGCAGUUAAUUGUAGAGUUGUAUUCCAACAAAGUAGAGGACCACAGAAAGGGGAAAAAAGAGCAUAGCCAGACUCCUGCAGCCAGAAGUUUCCUAGCAAGCAAAGAUUUUUUGCUUUCACUGAAUUAAUGACAGGAUACAUCCCCCCUUACAAGGCUAACACACACUUCACAACACAGCUUAGGCUUCUUGACAUUCUGUCGAAAGAUUUCAAAGAAAAUCUUCGACUUUAUAGGCAAAUCCUGUGCUUAGAACUUCCAACAUGCUAGAGAUCUGUUGUGUGGCUGCUGCUUUUAUAUUUUCGCUCCUCUGUGAAACAUGUGGGUUAGUGUUACCUAAUGCCACAGAGUUAUCGUCCACAUCCAGUAACUCCACCAUCCUUGAGUCUGAUCUGAGCGCUCAGCUGGAUUCUACCAAUAUCCCCAAGGCCAGAAGAAAGCGCUAUAUUUCCCAAAAUGACAUGAUCGCUAUUCUAGACUACCAUAACCAAGUCAGAAGUAAGGUCUUUCCACCUGCUGCCAACAUGGAGUAUAUGGUCUGGGAUGACAACUUGGCAAAGUCAGCUGAAGCCUGGGCUGCCACAUGUAUUUGGGACCAUGGACCACCCUACUUAAUGAGAUUCCUUGGUCAAAACCUCUCAGUGAGAACAGGAAGGUAUCAGUCAAUAUUACAACUGGUGAAACCAUGGUAUGAUGAAGUAAAGGACUAUGCAUUUCCAUAUCCUCAAGACUGCAACCCCAGAUGUCCUUUAAGAUGCUUUGGACCAAUGUGUACGCAUUAUACACAGAUGGUUUGGGCGACAACUAACAGGGUAGGCUGUGCCAUCAAUACUUGUCACAACAUGAAUGUCUGGGGUUCUGUAUGGAGAAGAGCUGUCUACUUAGUCUGCAACUAUUCACCCAAGGGAAACUGGAUUGGAGAAGCACCAUAUAAAGUUGGGGUUCCAUGCUCUGCAUGUCCACCCAGUUACGGAGGCUCUUGUACAGAUAAUCAAUGUUUCCCAGGAGUAACAUCAAAUUACUUAUAUUGGUUUAAGUGAGCUGAUCCAAUGUAGAAUAUUACUGUCUAAAAAUGUAAAAAAAAAUAUUUUAGAAUGUUGUCACCUUUUACAGCGAGACAUGGGAAAUAUAGUGUGAUAACUACGGUAGUUGUAGAACAUAAUAUCAGUGAACAAGCUUGUCCAGAUGCAAUCACUGUUUAGCAACAUUGUUAAUAAUGUAUUAUGUGUAAAUUAAAUGCCAGUAUGUUACAGGUAUAUAUGAAGUCAACUUAAACAAAUGUGACCUAGUUCAGAUAAAGCGUGGCUGUUACUGAACAGAGAAAUGGUAUGAUUGUACAUACAAUGUGCCAUGUCUACUGCCUCACCAUUAGAAUUGGAUAGGUCUAUUAAAUUGUAAAUCUUCAUUUUUGUCCAUUGAAAAACAUUCCUCAGUUCUAUUCAUGCUCGGUUUUCCACACAUACAGCCAUACUAUGGAGAUUUGGGUCAAAUGCCCCUUGAGGCAGCCUAUGAAAAACAUCAAUGUAAAAAUCAUAUUAAGAGAAAAAAAAUCCAGAGGCCAUUUAAAUGAAAUGUUUUGAAAUAUUUUUUAAAUUUAAAUUUUAGAAUGAUACAAAAAAUUGUGGCAUAUGUUAGCCAUACAUCACCUCCAUUCUGAUGCCUAAAUAACAGUGCUAUACAGUACUGCAACCUUUAUGCACUGCACGAAAUGCUAUACUAUGCAGAAGCAGUGCAUACAAUAAACAUAGCACAUAUUGGAAGCUAAUAAUUCCAACUUGCAGUGACCAAAUAAUAGGUCCUUACAUAAAGUAAUAGUACUAUAUAAUACAAUGUCUAAACUAAACUUCUAUACUAUGAAUGUCAGAUUUGUUAUUGUUGCCUUAGGUCACACACCAUACAGGCCGGCCCUGGAUAUAACUGCUUUACUCAGUCCUAAGAGUUUUAGAUUUCUGUUUUCUCUCUUUUUAAUAGUAUAAAUAUCCAUAGAAGGAUAUAAUUUACUCAUUGGUUCUCAGUAAGGCUAUCAGUUUUAAGUGUUUUAAAUUACAACUAGAGUAUCUGAGGUGCUUUAAUGUGUUUAUAUUGAAUUUACCAUUUGUAGGGUUUAAGUUUGUCUGGAUGGUUUACUAUUUAAAGUGUUAUAUUACACAGAACAACCUCUUUCAUUUAUUUUUUUAUUUGUUACAAUCAAAUACAUUAGGUGCUUAACAUUCCUUUUGGUGCUAUGUGCAGAAUCUUGUUGGAUCACAAAUGUGUACAUUUAUAAUCUACAGAUGCAUCCUCCAAAUACAAUGCAGUGGCACAACAUCAUGGGAGUAUGUCAGGGGGUACAAAAAAAGGAAGUGUAUAUGAGUGCCAAUGCAUACAAAAUGUACCAUGUGCAUUGUCGCUCACUACAAUCACUGGGCUGGGUGCUCUCUCAUUGUACAGUGAGUUGGGCACUACUGUGUGCAUUGCCGCUCACAGCAGUAUUAUACCUACAGGAGCAGGGAAUCUGGCAAUAGAGAGAAGUCCAUGAUCCUGUACGUAGUGUGUCAUGGUAACAGACUAGCGUGCUGUCGAUGUGUUUAGCGGUGACUUCAUCUAUCAGUGCACAAAAGCAGAAAUGAGUAAGCAAGCAUGAGUUUUGUCUAUCCUAAGUCAUUAGCUUAAGUUUACAAUUGCAUUUUGCUAAUUCCUUUAGGAGUUCUGGUACUUUUGAUAGCUUUUGAUAGCUUAGUUUUCCGGUCUUAUAAAGGAACUUGGUGCUAUCUUAUCCGAAAGUAGAAACCUCUGCCCAUAUGCAACCACAAAACGUAUAAUUUCAGAAAAGAGACAAUGAUCAAACACUGGGACUUGUUGACUUAUUUUUGCAGAGUAAGGGUAUGUUCACACGUGCAUAUCUUUGUUGCAGAUCUGCUGAAGAUUUGCUGCUGCCUUUAAUGGCUUUAAUUGACUUUAAUGGGCAGCAAAAUCUGCUGAAGCAAAUCUGCAGCAGAGAAAACAAACAUGUGAACGUACCCUAAGGGUUCACACGCGCGGAUUUUCGCAGCGUAUUUAGCUGCGGAUCCGCUGGUGAAGGCCCGCUCUAUGCUGGCUUUACAUGUGCCUGCUGGUAGCGGCAAUACGCCGCUACGAGCAGACACACUGCAGCGGUGUGCACGGCGUACUCGCACAUCGCGGCCGCUUUCCCUGUUCUGAGCAAGGCAGAGAGCUCCCGCGAUGUGCGAGUAUACUGCGACUCGCACAUCGCAGGGUGUCUGCUGGUAGCGACGCAUUGCCACUACGAGCAGGCACAUCUAAAGCCAGUAUAGAGCGGGCCUUCACCAGCGGAUUUGCAACGUAAAAUACGCUGUAAAUCUGCGCGUGUGAACGUACCCUAAGGCUGGAUUCACAAGAGCAGCAGUAAAUAAAUAUACAAUUUUUUAUGAGCUAUUGGUCAAGUACAGGUUUGGACAGAACUAGUUUGGUCAGAACGACCAUUUUUUGCCAGAGUUCAGCAAACCAGAAGAAACAGAAGCUUGCACAUCUCAAGUCUCUGCACAGUCUGAAUCAGUUAUUCCAGACUGCAUAGGAACACACGCCUUUGACAAGAGGAAAAGUAAGGGCAAGUUCACACCGAGAAUCUUAGGCCGGAAGAAUUUGGUUGAAAUCAAGCGGUGCUAGGACCACGCAGACAUUUCCAUCCCCAUAGACGGCAAUGUCUGCAAAGCAGAUUCCAUCAUAAGAAUGAACAAGUUCUUCUUUUGGUGGCAAAAUUUUAGAAUUCCGUAGUGCGCAGUGGAAUGCAACUGACAGCAAUUGCACUGGAAUUUCCGACUGGAAUUCAUAAGCUUAAUUCCAGUUGGAAAUUCCGUAGUGUGAACCCGGCCUAACAGUUGUCAAUUUAUUCAUAAAUAUUCAGGAGGAAUAAUAAAGAAACAUCAUCAUGCAGAGUACUAAGAAAGGUACUGACAAGUCAAGAGAGCUGUCAAAUCUUCUUUACUGUACUUUUGGCAUGUGUUUGGCUGUUAUACAGCAUUUUGUACAUAUGUUUGUUGAUGGAGUUCAGAUGUGCAAAGUGUGAAUUAAUGGGGUACUCCUGCCCUAAGACAUCUUAUCCCCUAUUCAACCACUGGGGACUUCCGCAAUCUCUCAUGCACGUCAGGCCCCCUCCCAAAGAUUUGCAUUGAGGGGGAGGGGCAUAGCAUCACAAGGGGGCAGAGUUUUGAUGUCACAAUACUCCGGCCCCAUGGUCGUGAGUCUUCAGACACGGAGUUAUCGUCGCUCUGUGCAGCUGAGACUGGUGGGGCUGAAUGAGAGAUUUUGGGGGUCCCCAGCGGCGGGACCCCCACAAUCAGACAUCUUAUCCCCUAUCCUUUGAAUAGGGGAUAAGAUAGCUCAGGGCCGGAGUACCCCUUUAAGCCAAACUGUGGAUAAAAACAUUACAAUUAUGUUCUAGUUAUGAUAAACACCAAUGAAACAUUGUGAUUUUAUCUACUCAGUCUAAAAUUCUAACAUGAGUUUAGCUGACAUAUACAAAUUAUCAUUGAGCUCUGGUAAACCCCAUUUAUGUUUACAAGUGCAUCGCGGGCAUUAUUCAGUUAUUUAUAUAAUUUUAAUAAUGGUAGUGA